GUAUGGACCGUUGCAAGAAAUUUUAGAGUGCCGUGCUGCAAGGACUUAAGCGAACUGGUUUUACCCGUUCCUGGCUUUUUUAUUGCUUGGAUAAGCAGUAAUCCUGAAGUUGUUGUAUGAUCACCGAGCACCGAAUUAAAAGGUGGUGUUAUUUUCGACGACUCAUUGCAGGAAAGCAACAUGGAUUUCUCAGAUUCGUCACCGUUCUGGCCUUCGCCGCUUGGUCCAAGAGUUCCAGAUUUGGAUACAAAACUUCGAAAAACUGGAAACCCAAACAUGGAUACCGCUUUAGCAUGGUUGAGAGGAGAACUAGUGAGUACCUUUUGCUUCUGUUAACAGAUAUCAUUUCUCUAACAACUCGCACCUUUGUGACAUCGGUAGAAAAUAUUCUUUUGUGGUACAAGAUACUUGACCAUGGCUGAAUUUUGACAGCCGGAACCAAAUGAUUUUUAGAUCGACCAUGUACAUUCGUUCGCAGAAAACCACGAUCGAUUAUGUGUUCGAAAAAACACAACGAUUCAUGGUGAAAAAAGUACUUCGCUGAUCACUAGUCUGUAUUCAUUUUGCGCGUUAUGUUAUUGCAAUUUAUUUUCAAAGGUUUUUAAUGAAGACUACACCGAUGAAUAUCGAACUUUUUAUCGCAUUUUUUGGCACAAGAGAUUUCUCUUUUAGUGUUUCUAUUUUAAUUUAAUCUAGAAUAUUCUCAGACUCAAUAUAAUCCAUAGCCUGCAGGAUACAAGGAAGACAUAUACUUCGUUCUUUCAUUAACAUGUGAUAUUUGAGGUUUGUUUAGGUCUCUCUACAAGCAAAUAAUUUAUGAAACGACUUAAAUUUAGUACCAAAUGAUUUCCGCAGAUUUUUCCCGUGUCUGCUGUAAAAAGAUACUUUUAAUCAUACAUAUUUAAGAAGGCUGAUAGCGCAUUUAGGAGUGUAAAAUUAUUCGGUAACAAUAACUACUGUUGUAUCUUCAACUUGAAUCACCAAGAGUGUGAGUAAAAACAUGUGUAUAUAACAUCAUGUUUUUAGCUAUCCCGUUCGAGUGUUCGAUUCAUGUUCCUUCGCGCAUGGCUGCUCUAAGUUUCGUGUUUCUGCGGUUCGUGAACUGACAAAGAUCGCACAUUCGAAAUAACGCUUAGUGUAGAGCUAAGAACAGGAAAAUUGUAGCCGCUCAAUUUAAAUGAACAAACCUUCCAUUUCGAUCGCGAGUCAAUUAUCUUUCCAGAAACUUCAGGGGUAUACAUCGAAUGUCGAUAGCGUUUCGUUCGCACAAAGAAAGGAAUUAUUUAGUCAAAACUUUGUAAAUAAUAAUAAACGAACCGUUCACUGCCGAGAAAAGUUAACGAAAUUAUGAACUGUAGUUAGCUGCAAAAAGAUGUCUCGGUCAUAACAGUCAAAUUGACUCAGUACAUUUACAUUUAUUUAACAUCACGCCUGGUUCUGAAGUUCCUAGUGCUACAACCAAUUUCUUUUACGCUUUCUUCUCGGUCUAAAUGUCCUUCGAAUCAAUAUUACGAAAAGAACCUGCUUAAACAAAUUCUUUUAUGGACUGUGGAAAAUAUUGGCACGGUCAGACUAUCAUUUUUUUUUAAUUUACAUGUCUUCUUAUAUAGCGGUCUUAAAUGUUACUUGUGACGUGCAUUUCAAAUACUUGCAUUGCAGGAGCGAUUUUGACCCUUAGGCAAGUCGUUAAGUUUACCAAAUCAACCGGAAAAUAUCAAGAGCUAACGCAAUUAAGUUUAUUUUCAAACGCUUUAUCAAGUUAUCUUCAAUACAACGAAAGAACAGCCACGUUGCUCACACUCCAAAGACAUAACCGUUUUAGACUCAUUUGCAUUCAAUUUUCUAGCGAAGAUUUUUUGGGGUUUUCAUCAAGACAGGUGGCAAAAUAUGGUGGUUAGGAAACUUUUGAAUUUUAUAGAUCUUCUCUCCAAAGUCAUUCUCCAGAAGUGGGCACUUAAAGAAAAUUUAUGUACAUAACUCAGAGUACAAAGUAAUGCACGUUUUGCCUCUUGGGUUCAACACAAUAAAUUUAGAACCGGCGAUUUUUAGUUCAAACAGUCAGUGAUUUUACACUGCCUUUAUUUCAAAUCUCUUUCUUUUCUUUUCUAUCUUUUUACGAAGGAAAUCAGUAAGAACUGAUGAAUCGACUUCCCCUUUAAGGGUCUACAGUUUUUUUCAGCGCAUAUCGAAAAGAAGGCGUUUGAUAGAUUCAAACCGCAGAAAACUAAUUUUUGAGGGUAAUAUCGCUAUUUAUUGCCAAAAAAGCCUAAUGAUCAUCUUUUAAUAUUCUAAAGAAUACAGGGAUCAAUAUUUAAAAACUCUGAAUACUCGAAAAGUUAUCUAAAAGUCAUGAAAUCUAUGUCGUUAUAUUGGACACUCCACCCUCGUGAAUGAAUACAAUUGUAUGUUUCCUGCUGAAGAGGAAAAAAUAAAACGCGGUAUACUUUUAGAUGUGGAGAGUAUAUUUAGCCCAAUCACCUUAAACUUUAUCAACAGAACUAGUAUCAUCAAAUACCUUUCACUCUGAAGUAUGUUAGUGCAUAAACAUCAUUAAACACUCGAGCACGCAAUAAAUUACUUUUUUUAAUUUGUUCAUUACUGAUUACAUAAGUUUUUGUGUUGUUUUACAACCUUACUUAGGCUGUGGUAACCGAGUUGUAACCGAUUUCUUUUUUUCGUGCAUGCUGCAUAAUGCUUUGAAAUUAGUUUUCCCGUUUUAGUUGGGACCAUUAUUAUUAUUUUUUCAUUUUUAAUUCAGGAUAUUAAAGCUUUUGUUUGUGAAGACAAUCAAUAUCGUUUACGUGUAUAUUUCUUCAUGUUAUGCAACAUGUCUGUAAAUAACAUUCGUAGAGAUUCUUUGAGAAAAGAUUCACGAAGCACUUCAAAAUAUUUGACUCGAAAAUUGAUAAAGGUGAUGGGACAGAAUGGUGCACAACUGAGGCAGGGAUGGUACGAGGGAUCAGACGCCUGUGAACAGAACAGAGACAAAAUUUGACGAUACAUCGUAAAGCAGUUAUAUCAAAAUUUUUAAAAAAUUUAGGUAACUUUUUUUAAGCUACACGUAUUUAAGGGUUAAAAAAAAAUAAUGAACUUUUUCUCACAAGUGAGAGAACGAGCGCAGUAGCUAAAUAAACAGCGCGCCUAAACGCAUACACUGUCCAGUUACACAGGAAUGAAACGUCAACUGUCUUAUUAGUGCUCAAAUCCUGCGACUGAUAACCAAUCACGUUCGCGAAUUUAGCUACAGUUCUGAUUAAAAAAUUAAUCCAGAGGUCAUAGCUUUAAUCCUUAUGGCAAAACGUACGUGCCUUGGAGGUUUAUCGUGUGUUGACAAACUAAGGCUAAAAUAACUUAAAUGUGACCAAAAGGCUCCCAUUAGCGCGUCUAAUGUUGGAUAUUUGUACGGGAACACUGUCUGUUGUGAGAUGCAAAUAAUCUAUCUUCCCACAGGGACGCUCGAGAAAAACUGUGAGCCUCUAUAGACAGGUCAAAUAUACAAGCGUAUUUGCGAGCCUAAGGCUGUCUAUUGUCUCUAUCAUCCUCCAAUUUUUUUGUGGUACACGAAACAAAACAUUUACAAACAGCUUACUGUGGAAAACGGAUGUUGAUUUUUCGGAGAGACUUUAUAAAACAAAUAUGUCUGCCUCACUCCCUGUAACAAAAGCUAUAUGUUUUGCUUUCUUAAAUCAACUUCUAUAUACUAUAAUCGAAGUGGACGCAUGGUCCGAAAUUCGAGAAAUAUUACAGACUGAAUACUUAUCAAUUACCCCACGAGCGUGCGUUGGACAUGGAUGAGGCCGGCCCGUAUAUCUUCUACAAGCGCGAGUGGAAUAACUUUUUAUUAUUAAAAACACCCUAAAAUAUAGAUAAAUCUUCCAACUUUAUUUUUUAAUAACGAUCAGCAUGUUACAAUGUACAAAAACUCUUCUGGUGUAGCUCGCCUUCGUCCGCAUGCAGGAUAUAAUGGCUCAUAACCAAUGAUGCAUGAUGACUAAGCCAAUGAAAUAUCUUGAAUAACAUUAACCAAUGAUCCAGUUUUUAAUAACACUUGAUACUCCCCGUAAAUUUUGGAUACAUUGGACAAAGUGACGCGUUUAAACCAAUCGCAAAGAGGAAAAUUUUUGAUAGAUCAUAACAUCGAAGAGAUGAUAGUGGUGAAGUGAUUUCGAAAAACCGAUAUAAACCACAAAUCCAUCAAACGUGUCGGCGCAAUAUUCACAUUUUAAGUUUUAUUUUUUAAGCUGGAACCUCACCAAACUCGAAAGAUUCUUUCAAAAUCGCCAAAUUCUAUCAUUUGAUAUUCCUAUCCUUUCUAAAAAUGUGAUAUGACCCAACAGCACCGAAAUGUGUCGAGUAAACAUGUUGAUGCAUAAACUAGAAUGAGCGAGAUACACCUUCUUUGUCUCCAGCGAUAUUUGCAAUCUAAUUUCCUUUUGGCAAUCCGCGUCAAUCAAAGUGAGAAGAAGAAUAAAAAGGCGCGAAACAUUUAAUUUAAUAAAGCAGUUAGUGACGUCUUUAUUGAUCUCAAACAGACCGAAAAGUUUAAGCCUGUCAUUACGCAAUUUACUAAUCCCGUGGGUGUCGGCUUAAUACAGGUUUCACUAUGAAGCGAGCUUAUCCAGCUUCCGGUGUUAAGUCCAUGUGAAAUUUGACACCAUUCAGUAGCUCAGUAAAAGAAAAAGGUCCCAUGUUUUUGCGUGUUAAGUUGAGUAGGGGCGAGGUGAGUAAGAGCACGACUCUUGGAAUAAAGCUUACAGUUUUCCAAUUACUAUUUAUUUACUUGUAAAAAAAAAAUUUCUCCGUAUGAUGAUUGAAGUUUGAAUUGCUUGUCACAGGUUAUUUAGGAUGGCUUUUUUAUUGCUUUACUUCGCGACGUGAUUGGUCUAGAAAACUCACGCCACCUUUCAAAUGCAAAACUAAGACAAACCGCGAUUACGCACUCACAUUUUCCCGCGCAUCAGGCACAUUAUCGGCUUUAAAUUCGAGCUCUCAUUGGCUAAUAGUGAUGUCAACCUUCACUCUGAUUGGCUUUUGUAACUGCUUGAAAAUUGCUGUGAAUUCGGUAGUAAGCUUUCACAAGCCUUCUGUCGCCAUUCAGGUCCUAACAACAGGAGUUUAUAUUUAGUUGACGGUAUCAGAAAGGAGGAAAAAAAAGAGGCCAUGGCACGCACUGAAUAUAAACUUUAUUGUGUAUAAAUAUGGGCCGUUUAGAUGAAAAUGAUAGUGGAUGGCGCCUCGGUGACUUAAGAAAAUAAACAAAAUGAUACAAGAAGACCGAAUUGGAGUCAUCAAUAUCCUUAUCUAGAAUUGCGGGAACACUGUCUUUGAGUCAGGAUCGAAUAAGGGCUUACGAGUAUGUACAGUCACGUAAACAGCAGGUAUACAGCAACACGUUAGUCCUUCGUCAUUUGCUCUGACGGUGGCAAUUAUCUCUCCGUGGUUACAUUUUCAACUCAGUCAAUAAAACCCAAUUAUCCUGUAAUAUUCUCACAGACGCAGCACACAGUUUCUUUAGAAACUUACGUACUUUGUUCAGUGAUUUAAUGGAGUUGCGCAUUUCGCUAAGUCAUUUAAUCAAACUUUGCAGGCGGCCAUGCAGUUGCAAGACAGAGACAUGCACAAACAGCUCUUGACAAUGCGUUCAAGCAUCUCCAGUCUCCGAGAGGAGCUUAAAACCGAGCGGGAGGAAUGGGAAUUAGAGAACCAACAAGAAGAUACACCCGAACCCGAACCCGAACCCGAACCCACCCACGCUCGAGGCUACGUCACCAAAGUUGAAGUCGUAAACAACGAUCGGGAAGAGCUCAGAAUAAGUCACGUUAAACAAGAUUCCGGGAUCUUGAGCGAUGAAGAACGAAGCGAUGAUGAGGAGUUAGAGGAGAGUGUACAAGAAUUGUUAAAAACCUUUCCGCCACCCGUCAGACCUAGAAGCAGCUCUUUUUCUUUUUCUUCCAAGUAUGCCGGUUACGGUGUGAAACGAGAAGAAAAUGGCGGUAGUGAAACUGAGCGUGGACCCACGCGUGGGGUAGUCCGAGUCCGCGCGCGGAGUGUUGCGGGAAUCGAAGUCGAACGACCAUCAACCGACGUAGUGUCACCGCGAAAUCGACCCCAGUUCUUUGCGGACGGAACUUUCAAUCGCUUUGGAAGUAUGCCAGUUAUCAACGAGAUUCCCGGAGACGCUCUACAACGGAACACAACCAGAUCAAAAACUUUCGCUUUUUAUGGAUAUCGUCGCCAACAGAGCGAAGUCGAAGACGACAACAGAGUGUCUUACCCUUCCCCAAAAAAACUACCUGUUGUAUUUGGCUCACUCACGAGGCACGGUAGCAUGCCCGUAAUGCAUAGCGGGGGACGACUGCGGUCGGGGACUGGGUCGAAAAACACAAACGAUAAUGUGAGACUUGUUGUCAGUAACCAGCCUAUCAAAAGAUCGACAAGUCAGAUCGUCCUCAGCAGGCCAGCUUGGGAUAAAGCCAGGGAAUUUGAAUCAAAUCAAAUUAGACCUUGUAGAGUUUAUAGAUCCACCAGUCAGGUCUCUCUCGUUUAAUAUUCUUUGCACGACAAGACUCCACUGAAGGGAGGAGCAAAUUGCCGCCACAAAAGAUUCAGUGACACUUGUUUUCCAGAAACCAGCCUAUAACAUAAAAAUGUUUUAUAAUAUAAAGAUCCAUUAGAGUAGCUGAGAGACCAGGAUUAAAGUAAAUUUUCAUUU